GCUGGGAGGAGACGCUGCUGCGACAGGCAGAGGGGAGCUGGGAGCUGCGGGAGCUGCUGCUGCUGCUGCCGAGGACAGGGACGAGGUGCUGUCCCCGCUCAGGGAUGCAGCCCGCGGCUCUGCAGAGCCUGUCCGAGCUGGAGAGAGCCAGCCUGCAGGAACUGGCGCUGUUCCGGCUGCGGGAGAGGCUGCCCGGGGCGCAGCUGAGCCUGGACAGAGAUGGCUCCAGAGGCAUCAGAUCCAUCCGGCAGAAGCUGGAGAGCCUCUCCAAGGACAGGAAAGAGUGCUCCCCACACACCUUCGGGGUGCCGCUGCCCCAGGUCAUCGCCAACGACCGCGCCUGCCGCCGGCUGCGGGCGGCCGUGGGCAGGAGCCGCCGCCUCUGCCUGGAGCUGGAGGCCACUGUCACCUCGUUCCGGGCCCGCAGGCAGCGGCGGCUGCCCGUGGGUACCGCCUGCAUCCGAGCAUCCCUCCCCGAGGAGCCGCCGAGCCCCGCGCCGCGGGACGGGAGCUGCUGGAGCCAGCGCAGGGGCGCCCUGUCCGUGGAUUCCAUCACCGAGCUGGCCGCCAGCCCGUCGCAGCUGCUGGAGGCGCUGCAGCUCUGCCACCCCCGGGAGCUGCAGCCCCGCCGGAGCCGCGGCGCGGAGCGAGCGCUGAGCCUGAACCCGCUGGGCUGGCAGGUGCCCCGGCUGCUCGACAGGUGCUGCGCGCACCUGGAGACGCACGGGCUCCACACCGUCGGCAUUUUCCGUGUCGGGAGCUCCAAGAAGCGAGUCCAGCAGCUGCGGGAGGAGUUCGAUCUGGGGCUGGACGUUUACCUGGACGAGCAGCAGAGCGUCCAUGACGUGGCCGCGCUGCUCAAGGAGUUCCUGCGGGACCUGCCCGAGCCCCUGAUCCCGCGGGAGCUCUACGGAGCUUUCCUCAGCACCGCCCGCAUGGAGGGGCCAGCACAGCUGGAGACGCUGCAGCUGCUGCUGUUCCUGCUGCCCCCCUGCCACAGCGACACCCUGCUGCGCCUCCUGAGCUUCCUGGCCCAGGUGGCCAAACAUGCUGAGGGCUCCUGCGACCCCCAGGGCCACCAGGUGAGGCUGCUGCAGAUCCCUGGCAAUAAAAUGACAGUGUCCAACCUGGCCACGGUCUUUGGUCCCAACAUCUUGCAGAAGGAGAAGCCUGGAGAGAAAGAUGCUGGUGGCCUCAACUUUGAGGACAGUGCUGCCAUAAUCCUGGUGCUGCAGAGGCUGAUUGAGCACCACCACUCCCUGUUCACGGUGUCCCCAGAAAUGCAGAGUGACGUGCUGAGGAGGCUGUUCCAGACUGACCCCGAUGUCAUCGAGUACCUGCUGCGCAGGAAGUUCCCUGACGUGCUGAGCCCAGAGCAUGAGGAGCAGCCUCCAUCUGCCUGGACACACAGCCUGCAGCCAGGCUCAGCCUCCUCCGAGCUCUUCAGCAACAUCUCCUUCCUCAACCUGGACGUUGGCAUCUAGAGAGCACAAAACCCAAAAAAAAACCCCAAAAAAACCCAGCCCCUGGCUCAGCUGCCAGGCUGGCACCUCCCUGCAGGGCUCAGCACAGCCUCCUUCUCCCAGCAGCUGGGGAAAUGGAUUUCCACCCUGGAGCAUCCCUGCUGGGAGCCUGGAGCAGAGAUGGACCUUAGCCAUGCACCCAAAUGUUUUUGUAAUGGCCUGGAGGGACAGGACAAGGGGAGCGGCUUCCCACUGCCAGAGGGCACGGCCAGGCUUGAGAGAAACUGAGAGAAACUGAGAGAAACUGAGAGAAACUGAGAGAAAUUGAGGGAAAUUGAGGGAAAUUGAGAGAAAUUGAGAGAAAUUGAGGGAAAUUGAGGGAAAUUCAGGGAAAUUCAGAGAAAUUCAGAUAAAUUCAGAAAUUCUCGCCCCUGAGGGCAGGGAUGCCCUGGCACAGGCAGGGACACCUCCCACAGCACCAGGCUGCUCCAUCCUUCUGGCCUUGAGCCUUUCCAGGGACGGGGCAGCCACAGCAGGGCGUUCCUGGGGAUAAACCAGGACACUGCACAUCCCACCACAGCCUGCCCUGGCACCCAGACCUGCCCAGGACUGGGUUUUACUGUGCUGAGCUCCUUCCCGGUGGGGAUGGGUGGGAGGCAUUUCCCGGGGAGCCUGUGCUGUGAGAUAGCUGCUGAGAGCCCCUGGCAGCUGAUAAGGCUGUUGGGUCUGGAGCAGCAGAUAAAUUUGGGACACCACGAGGCUGUGGGAGGUCCCACCAGAGCGCUGAGUGCCAGCCGUGGCUCUGGGUGGGAUUGUUCCUGCUGCCAGGGCAGCCCCCAGCCCCUCAAAUUCCUCCCUGGGGUGGUGGGACAGUGGCACGGGGUGCCCGGAGCAGCUGUGGAUCCCUGGAAAUGUCUGAGACCCGGUGGGAUGGGAAAUGGGAUGGGAUGGGAUGGGAUGGGAUCAAUGGGAUCAGUGGGAUCAAUGGGAUCGAUGGGAUGGGAUGGGAUACAGGAUGGGAUACAGGGAUGGGAUGGGAUCAAUGGGAUCAAUGGGAUGGGAUACAGUGAUAGGAUGGGAUGGGAUACAGGGAUCAAUGGGAUCAAUGGGAUCAAUGGGAUGGGAUGGGAUACAGGGAUGGGAUACAGGGAUGGGAUGGGAUCAAUGGGAUCGAUGGGAUGGGAUGGGAUGGGAUACAGGGAUGGGAUACAGGGAUGGGCUUUAGGGUCCCUUCCCACCCAAACCUUCUGUGAUUCCCUGACUGCAGGAUGUGAUGGGGAUGCUGGCACAGGAGGCUGCUCUCUGCAGGAAAUUCCUGCUGGAUUUCACUCUCCCAGCACCAGAAUGAGCUCCCUGGGAAGCUUUCAGACCCACGGAGGGUGUUUAUCCCUGGCAUUGCUGCAAGCUCCACUUGAGGGCAGCCCAGGCUGCUCAGAGACUCCGGGGCUGUUCCAUCCCAGCAUCACCAAAUAAAAUCCCCUCCCCGGGCGGCUCCAAACUCACCACGGGGCCUUGGGGUGCUCUGCACCCGCUCUGGGGGGGUGACUGGC